ACAUCUGUGUCUAUGGUGUAUAGGUACUACGUUUGGAAAGUUGCUUUCUAAAAUUUUUGGUGUCUUGCUUGCUUUUGCAAUAAACGUUAUAUGUUUUUUGAAUAUCCACAAUUUCUCUUCUCAAAUCAAGUGAACAGUGUUAAACAUUUAAAGUGUUGUUUCUAUCCAAUGGCGUAGCUAAUUAGAAAGCAACAUGGAAGCUCUGACAGUUCCGCCAUGAAUGCAAAAUAAAUAAAAUAGAAAUUGAAAAGGAGCUGCAAGUCAUCUAAGACAUAUAGAAGCUUCACAAUGUUGAGAGGUGGGCGUGGUGGUCGUCACAGUCCAGAGCUGUACCCCCACACUCUUAAGUGCUCUAACGCCAGUGAUACAAGCUCUGCAUAUAGUGGCAGUGACACAAUGACAUCAGUUCACAGCUCCCUAGAUAUGGACAUGGAGGUAGACUUGUCAGGUCUCCUUGAAUCUAUAGUGGAUUCUGAUGAAGAGGAAGAUUUAGAAGAAAGUAUGGACAGUCUGACAGUCAGGGAUGCUGUCAGAGAAUGUCUUGAAAAAGAUCCAAGUGAAAGAACUGAAGAAGAUAUUGAGAUUCUUCUUGAAUUUACUCAACAUUUGAAAGCAUUUACAAAUAUGACUUUGACUGUGCGUAGAGCACUGUGUGCUGUAAUGGUGUUUGCUGUUGUUGAAAAAGCUGAAACAAUUGUCAUGCAAGAUGGAGAAGAGCAUGACUCAUGGUCAGUCUUAAUAAAUGGACAUGUUGGAAUUGAACAUUCAAAUGGUGAAGUAGAGUAUCUUAAUGUUGGAGAUAGUUUUGGAAUGGCUGAAGCCACCCUAGAAAGACUAUACCACAGAGGAGUAAUGACUACUAGAUGUAAUGAUUGCCAAUUUGUUUGUGUCACUCAAACUGAUUAUUAUCGGAUCUUGCAUCAAGGUCAGGAAAAUAUAAAGCGACAUGAAAAUGAAAAUGGUGUAGUGGUACUGGUUACAGAAUAUAGGGGUGUUGCUGGUGAAGCUGGACAUCAAGAUGGACAAGUAGUCAUUAGAGGAACUCCAGAGCAGUUAAUGUUGCAGCUUAUUGAAGACAAUUCAAGAGACUCAACUUAUGUGGAAGAUUUUCUUUUAACCCAUAGGACUUUCAUUGAAAGUCAUUUAGUUGUUGCCAAACAGUUGCUUGCCUGGUUUUCUGAACCAACAGUCCGAGACAAAGUUACAAGAGUUGUACUUUACUGGGUUAAUAAUCAUUUCACAGACUUUGAAACUGAUCCAAAUAUGAUGGAAUUUUUGGAGAACUUUGAAAUGGCUUUAGAGCAUGAAAAGAUGGAAAGUCAAUUGCGAUUGUUAAACAUAGCAUGCUCAGCAAAGGCUCGAACUAGAAGUGUCACUUUGUCACGUCCUACAAGAGAUGAACCAUUAAAUUUUACCAUCCUUGGAGGAUAUGAAAGAGGAUAUGGAAUAUUUGUAUUGAAAGUUGAGAAACAUUCAAAAGCUGAAGAUGUUGGUCUUAAAAGAGGAGAUCAGAUAUUGGAAGUCAAUGGACAAUCAUUCCAACAUGUAAGCCAUGCAAAAGCCAUGGAAAUAAUAACAGGCUCAACACAUCUCAGCAUUACUGUUAAAAGUAAUUUCCUUGCUUUCAAGCAAAUGCUUCUUAUGCCGGAAAAUUCACCUAGACAACGAGGAGCUACAAACAUGGCAAGGUGGCAAACUGACCCAAGAGCGAGACUAUCAACUGCUGAACUUUUGAGUGAUGAUCCAAUAACAUUUACACCAAUUUUUCAAUCUCCAACUAAAAAACCCCAGCAGAUUAUGAAAAAAGAACCACAAAAAGGAUUCAUGACAUUAGGUCCGAAAAGACUUCACAAAGCUUUGAUGAAAAUGAAUAUACUACCCAAAAAUACAAUAACUGAUGGACUCCACAGUGAUGACAGCAUUUUGUCAAAUACAGAUUCAUUAAAUAAAGCAAAUUCUAGCAAUUCUUUCUAUAGUUCCCACAGUAAUCCUGAUCUUAUCUCAAUUUGCUACGAUGACUAUCAGUCCUCUGAUUAUCCUGAACAUGUAUUAAAAGUAUACAGAGCUGAUCAAACCUGUAAAUAUUUACCGGCCCAUAAGGAAACAACUGCUAGGGAAGUGGUAAUGUUAGCAUUACGCGAGUUUGGAAUAACUGAACCCAGUUCUAAUUUCUCUCUUUGUGAAGUUUCAGUUGCUCAGGGUGGAAUAAUCAAACAACACCGACUUCCAGAUCAGUUACAGAACCUUGCUGAGAGAAUUGGGUUAAGCUCUAGAUAUUACUUAAAAACUAAUGGUAUAAGUGAAACUUUAGUACCUGAUGAGAUGGCACCAGAAUUACUCAGAGAAAGUGUAGUCCAUUUUCUGCAGCUUAAUGCUGUUGAAGUAGCAGUUCAGCUGACAUUACAAGACUUUUAUAUUUUCAGACAAAUUGAGAGUACUGAAUAUGUAGAUGAUUUAUUUGGAUUGAAAAGUAGGUAUGGCACUCCAAUGUUAUCACAAUUUGCAGGCUUAGUCAACAAAGAAAUGUUUUGGGUAGUUACAGAAGUUGUGAAUGAGCAAAAUCUUGUACGACGUUCAAGAAUAAUAAAACAAUUCAUUAAAGUUGCAAGACAUUGCAAGGAAUGCAAAAACUACAAUUCCAUGUUUGCAAUCAUAUCGGGCUUAGGUCAUGGAGCUGUAUCCAGAUUGAGAAUGACUUGGGAUAAAUUACCAACCAAAUAUAGCAAACUUUUCUCUGACUUACAAACCCUUAUGGAUCCAUCGAGGAAUAUGUCAAAAUAUAGACAACUAUUAACUGCUGAACAAGGCAGAUCACCAGUUAUACCAUUUUAUCCAGUAGUAAGAAAAGAUUUAACAUUUAUUCACGAAGGAAAUGACACAAAAGUUGAAGGUAUGGUAAAUUUUGAGAAAUUGCGUAUGAUAGCUAAAGAAGUGAAAACUCUAACAAACAUGUGCAGUGCACCAUAUGAUUUGCUGACAUUAUUAGAAUCAGGAAAACAACCACCAUCAAAUGCUAUGGUAGCUUUAAACCAAUUAACAACUGGUGUACAACAAGGCCAAGUAACAGUUAAGAGAAGAAAGAAAUCCUCCAAUGUACCUAAUCCCAAAAAAAUGUUUGAAGAAGCCCAAAUGGUUAGACGCGUAAAGGCAUAUUUAAACCGUAUGCAUGUGGAAACUGAUGAAGACCGACUUCAUGCUUUGUCAUUAGAAUGUGAAGGUUCAGGGCCAGCACCUACUGUUCCUCGGCGUCGUCACCCUUCACCGUCUUUAUCUACAACUAGCAGUGCCUCAUCAGCCAGUGAAAGUAAAAAGAGCUUUGGAGCAAAUAAAUUUGGAGCAGCAUCUCCUCAAGCUGUAAGAAAACUAUUGGCUCUUUCUGAGCCAGCUAAAACACGACCGCACCAACCGAGACCUCCUCCACCAGGACCUUCGCCUUGCACGCAUCGGCGCGAUGGAACUGUUCCUGGGAUAUGCUGUUCUCGAGCGGCACAUGAGCGAUCGCACUCAGAUACUCCAACCCCGUUGCCUGUUGACCUGUCUGCUGAAAGUAGCAGUGUAACAUCUUUAGUAAACUUGCCAUUAAGAAAAACGGGUUCGGCGACUUCAAGUGACAGUGGGCAUGGGUCUUGUACGACAGCUAACUGCGUGCGGCCGGUUCCGCCCCCGAGAAUGCCAUACACGUUGGCCGCUCAAGUAGCUCGCCUUGAGCGCUUAAGCCGAGCCCAUUCGCAUGAAGGCGUGACCCGACCUUAUGAUUAUUAUCAUGACACACCUGAUGACGAAGAUGAAGAUCAACAGGUCUCUGCUGUUUAAAAGACAAAAUACUCCCAUCUAUGUCUAAUUAUAUAAACAUUUUAAUAAUCUCACUUGAUGACUAGAAAGCACGAGUUAAUAAUAUAUUAUUAUUUAAUAAAAUUUAUGUAUGUAUCCCUAAUAAGUAAGUUUAAAGACUGUCUUAUUUAAUGUUUAAAAUAUGUCCUAGUGUUAUAUAGAGUAAUAUUACACAUUAGCCAUGCCUUUAAUAUAUUAUAUAGAUAUGUGACCCACCAUGUUCCAGUUAUGACUAGAAAUAUUAGUAAUGUACCAUUGUUGGUGAUAUUAUAUGGCACCCUAUGUAGGUACAUUUACAUUCCGUUGUUUAUGUCUUGUGUGUAUAUUUUUUAUUAAUUUUGUAAUUUAACGCGCAACUUAGACCAAAUAAUAAUUAAUGUACCUUUUAUUAUUGUUUAUAAUUCAAAUUGAUUUUAUUAAACAAUUCAGGAGUAAGAUCUACAAAAUAAGUGUAACAUUAUAUAGAAUAGUG